UCAGGAUUGAACUUGAACACGUCGACUUCACCGAGGGCUAGUUCAACAAUAGUCCUCAAACUCAAGCUUCAAGUACUGGCCAUUCUCCAUCGAAGCUCACCCAUCAUCGAUUGUUUCCCUGUACCACACCCACACCCUUCACAUUCCUCUCAAUGGCCGAAAUUCUCACCGAAAUUCGAAAAAUCCCGCCAGUAACGCGCUUUCUCGUUGCAUCGUCUCUCGGCAUCACCCUCCCAGCCAUUCUGCACCUUGUCUCGCCAUGGAGGCUUGUAUUCGUGUCACAGGCUGUUAUUAAAGACUUCGAGUUCUGGAGAUUGUACACAAGUUGCUUCUUCGGAAGUAUGAACCUGAACUAUAUCUUCGAGCUUGCCAUGCUCUACCGCAACUCGAAUGCGCUUGAAACAACUCAUUACGAGCGCCGUUCCUCCGAUUACGCCUGGCAGCUCUUUCUUGCUAGCCUCGCUCUGGUCGGUGUGAACCGUCCUAUCCAAUCCUACACGCAUACCCGCGCCUUGCUUCAUACUCUCACCUAUUUAAUGUGUUCUCUUUCCCCGCCAGGCGCACUAACCAGCGUCAUGGGCCUCAUCACCAUCCCGGUCGCAUACUUCCCAUACGCACUCUUAGGCAUGGACCUCCUCACCGGUGGCACAAGUGCCGCUGCGCAGGGUGUGAGCGGGAUGCUUGUCGGACACGCGUGGUGGUGGCUAGUCUGGGGCUCCGGCAUCGGCUCGGGCGGUGUUGAACAGGGCAUGUACGCUGGGUGGGGACGUGCUCCUGCGUGGUUGAAGAGCUGGUUUGGCGAGCGUGAAGAAUAUGGACGUGCGGGAAGCAGAAGGGGUGCCGUGCAGGCGUUUGCACCAAGGCAGCGUGCUGAGGAAGCUGCUGCAUCGGGGCGGGUGACGGGACAUAGUUGGGGGUCUGGAAGGAGGUUGGGGGAGUCGUAGUUCGUGGGAGGCUGACCUCCUAGGAGAAACGUCAAGAAAUAUUGAUCACGAUUUGUCCCUCCGAGGUCUAGGCUUGGUUGCUGUGCCAUUUUCUAUUAAAAAUCAUUACAUGACUUGAUAGUUAAAGACUCAAAGCUACGUUCACAUUUGCUAUUUUCCCAACUCCCGCGUAUUGUUGCUAUGUCACCUCAGUGUUGUCGAGAAUCAGUCCAAUAUAUGGCCAUUGUUCGCGUA